CGCGCACGGGCCGGCGGCGCGCGCCGAGCGGGGGGCGCCGCGCGGUGCAGCCACGAUGGAAGGGGGUGCGUACGGAGCGGGCAAAGCCGGGGGCGCCUUCGACCCCUACACCCUGGUGAGGCAGCCACACACCAUCCUACGCGUCGUGUCUUGGGUCUUCUCCAUCGUGGUCUUCGGCUCUAUUGUGAACGAGGGCUACCUCAACAACCCAGAGGAGGAGGAGGAGUUCUGCAUCUACAACCGAAACCCCAAUGCCUGCAGCUACGGCGUGACUGUGGGCGUGUUGGCCUUCCUCACCUGCCUGCUCUACCUGGCGCUCGACGUGUACUUCCCACAGAUCAGCAGUGUCAAGGACCGCAAGAAGGCCGUGCUUUCUGACAUCGGUGUCUCGGCCUUCUGGGCCUUCUUCUGGUUCGUGGGUUUCUGCUUCCUGGCCAACCAGUGGCAAGUCUCCAAGCCCAAGGACAACCCUCUGAACGAAGGGACCGACGCAGCCCGGGCUGCCAUCGCCUUCUCCUUCUUCUCCAUUUUCACAUGGGCGGGCCAGGCUGUGCUAGCCUUCCAGCGGUACCAGAUUGGCGCCGACUCGGCCCUCUUCUCCCAGGACUACAUGGACCCCAGCCAGGACUCCAGCAUGCCUUAUGCACCCUACGUGGAGCCCAGCGCUGGGUCGGACCCUGCUGGCAUGGGUGGCACCUACCAGCAUCCAGCCAACGCCUUUGAUGCUGAGCCCCAGGGCUACCAGUCGCAGGGCUACUGAGCCCCCCUGUUGGUGGUGACGGUGACCGCCUACCUUGCCCCUGCCCUUCCAUCCUAGCUCCCCUCCCAAGCACCCUGCUCCCUCCCAGGUGACUCUGCCUAGCACAUGCUCAGCCUCCAAGUGAAUCCACUGAAGCCCAGUGCAGCCAGGGUGGGGAGUGGUGGGGUGUGUCUGCAUAUGUGUGCAAGUGUGUGCCCAGCAGGGGUGGGGAGUGGUGGGGUGUGUCUGCAUAUGUGUGCAAGUGUGUGCCCAGCAGGGGUCUACAGGUGGGGCCCGGGAGUUACAGUCAUUCAUUGUGUCCUUGAACAUUCACUGAGCACCUACUGAAUGCCAGGCUUUGCUUAGCUGGAGAGUAAGAGAGAGGGAGAGGGGGAAGGGGGGCUGAGGAGGCCCUGUUCCAGACACAGGAAAAGCGGGACAGAGAGAUAAUGGGAAGUUUGCCUGCAAGUGGCUCAGCCACAUGGUGAGUGUGGUCAGUCACGGGACGUGGGCUGUCAUCCCCAGAAUCCUUGAUAUACAUCAGUCCUCCUGGGAUGGCCAGGGUUGUCUCCAUUUUAUGGUUGAGGAAACUGAGGUCUGCCGGUCAAGGCACUUUGUUCAAGGUCAUUGAAUCAGGCUGUUGAUGAGACCACUUUAAGAUGGGCCAGAUAGAGCUGCUGCCAGCCUUCUCUACUUCCGGUUCCUGCACCUCCACCCUGCCACUCAGUGUUACUCGAGUUUGAUGAGAGGGUUGCGGGGUGGGAGCAGGGCAGUGCUUUAAGACGUGAGUCCAUCGAGACCCAGUGAUCUGCUUCAAAGCGAGGGCCUCCCCUGCCUCAGCAGCUUUCUUUCCUCAUGCAAGUCCCUUCCUCCAUCUUGGUCUUCUCCUAGUGGGCUCCCUCAACCUACCCUUGUCCCUUUGUGUUGCUCCGUGCUCAACAUGGCCUGCAGGGACCUCCUUUGGGGUAUGCCAGCCACCCUUUGCAGUUUCCCUAAGGAGUGGUGGCCAUCCCUGCCUCUUGGAGGGCUCACUGAGCCCUUUGCUCCUGGCUGGGUGGACAGGAGGACAGGAGGUAGUGUAGACUGACCCAAGGUCCUAGUGAAUAAGUGGCAGAGAUGACCUUGCUUCCUAAAUGUAUUGGCUUCACCCACCCAGCAAGUGACUCCGCCCCCUGCCCCCCCCCCAUCACCUGGGACACUGUCCUCUGCUUGUUUGGGUCAGCAAAGGUUCUGGGCUGGAGCAGUGGGGGAAGCUUUCAACUACAGGGUCAGUUUGAGUGCCACAGCCACAGGUCACACGACCCCAAAUGACGCAGGAGUGAGACGCUGCAGAGAGACUUCCAGCCCCAGGAAAGAGAAUAGAGGGUUGCCACAAAGACAGAAGGGAAAGUGGGUGCGGGCUAAGGAGACAGCAAGGAGGCAUUUUCAUCAUACCUGGUGCUUCCCUCCCUGUGACAGAGGGAAAGCAGAGGGAGGUUGUCUGUGCCAUCCUCCUGUGUGUGCCCAGUACACACGAGCUGGUUCCUGGGAAGCAGGUCAGUGCCCUUUAACAAUUGAGUGUCCCCACCACCUCACCCGGUGCCCUACAGGGUUCUGCCAGGCAGACUUGCUCUUCUGGUACCCGUGUUACUGUGAUGUCACCAAGGGUGUCUGUGGUUCCUGUCCUGUAGGAGCCUGUGAAGCACAUACAGGCACAGGGUCCAUUAUGGUGGGAAAUGUGGCACAAGCACGGGCCUGAGAAAGAGUCAGGGAGGGGACAAGGGUGUCAGAGGCCUAGAAACAGCACCGCAGCUCCUCCUGAGCAGAAGGGGAAACCAGGAAGGGAAACAGACCCUUCCGAGUCCUUGGGAAGUUUCUAGAACCAGGAGCACAGAGAGUUAGUGUUGGAAAUUGGAUCCAGACUGGGGUCUCCAAGUUUGCUAGGGGUUCACAGUGUUGGGAGAGAGCCCCCAGGCGGCUGAGUGACAGCUGGCUGUUGCUGACUUCCGUUUUCCACACCUGGGAAGGGGCUCUGUGUACAGCCCUGUGCCCCCAACCAGGUGGCUCAAGUAGGGACGGCUUGGGGAUGGUGGACAGUGACCAGAGGAGAGACUGGCUACGGGAGUGUUGCAGUGCCACUGGAAUUCACGAAAAGUCCUGGAAGUCAUGAAAAGUUUGCUACUCACAGCCCCGAGCCUUCCCUGCCUGUGGGUCAGACCCAAGGACUGCCCAUCUGUUUCUCCCUGGACAGCAACAGGCUGCAGAGGAUGUCAGGCAGAGGGCAGGGUGCUGGUUAAACUCUGCCCAGCCUUGGGCAUCUCUCAUAGACUCUUCCUAGUGCUCAAGCUGGAGACGUUUACGGGACCAGGGGGCAGGGCUUGAGCAUCUCCCCUCAUCCCAUGCUGCCUUCACGAUAGUGAUAUUAGACGGUGGGUGAGUAGUCCAAGCAGGAUUUGAGUAAGAUUCAGGCUUCUGACUCAGUCGUUUGGGAGGGGUCACGGCCCCUGCUUUCCUCCCACAUUCUCCUUGGAGAGGGUCCCCCACAGCCAUGCCCUAUGGAACUGGGGUUCCCUUUUCCCUGUCAAGCACAAAAGAAGGUCUGGGGAACUUGGGUUCCACGCGAGUUUAUAGCUGCAGGGAUCCUUUGAGAGAAUUCUGUUUCAUCUACCACGGUCAUGCACAGAGUGAGAGAUUGGGAGCCCCAUCUUCUGCCUUUUGAGAUGACAUGUCCUGCGCAGUCACAGGCCAUCUUGCCCGCCUGGGCGGCACCCAGUCCACCUGGGACGUAGCAAUCAAGGGGCUAAUUUCCAGGGGACUGGCACCAGUCUCUGCUCCAGCUGUCCCUAAUGAUUCUUGAUUUUCAAAGUCCUGGGGUUCCAGGCUUUUCCCAUAUAACCAAGAGCUCCCACUUGUCACCCCGGGACACCUCUAACCUCAGACCCAUAAAUCCUUUGAUCCCUAAAGGUGAUGAGCAGGAGUCCCCAGAGUCUAUGGAGGAUGAACUGGGCUAGCUGUCUCCCAGUGCUACCCCUGACCUGAUAACUUCAACCCCCUGGUGCCCAUAGCUCUUGUCUGGGUGCCCUGGUCCCUCCCGCAGCGUUACUGCCUGUGUAUAGUAUAAAUAUAUAUAUUUUCUAUAUAUAAGAUGUAUAAUAUAAGGCUCCACAAUAUAUCUGUGAGUGUGUGUGUGCGUGCGUGUGUGCGGUGAAGGGCGGCCCCCAACUUGGGCCCUGCUCUAGACCCUCCCCCACCUGGUUAAGCCUCUCCAGUGGACCCAGUGGCCCCGAGGCAUCCUCCUCUAUGACAUCCAUCCAUCUGUGGUAACCAAGUGAAGGUGGUGACUUCUGGUGACAUAGUAAUAAAGUGAAGAGUCAACUCAUCAGCGGGCUGUGUCA